ACUGCUUUUCCAUGAGCGGACAGUAACAGUGACUCACACAGGGAAACAAAGUUUUUUUCCAAGCGGAUUUGAGCAGGUCGGGUUUAAAAUCAUCAGUAAAGAAUGACGGAGGAGCGGGAUAAGAGCAGCGCAGAGCCGCCGUGCAGUCCGGCCGGUUCGUGCAGCUCGCUGUCGCAGGACGAGUCGGAAUCUGACGCGCCGUCAUCUGCUGGAUCGGACGGACACGCGUCGCUCAUGAUGACAGGACUGGGGAAGAAACUAGAGGAUGAAGACGAGCGCUUCCCAGCGUGUAUUCGGGACGCGGUGUCGCAGGUUCUGAAGGGGUAUGACUGGUCCCUUGUGCCCAUGCCGGCACGAGGCAGCGGCGCGAUGAAGAGCAAACCUCAUGUGAAGAGACCCAUGAACGCGUUUAUGGUUUGGGCUCAAGCCGCGCGGAGGAAACUUGCGGAUCAGUAUCCGCAUCUGCACAACGCCGAACUCAGCAAAACACUCGGGAAACUCUGGAGACUGUUAACAGAGAAUGAGAAGAGACCAUUUGUGGAGGAAGCCGAGAGACUCCGAGUCCAACACAAGAAAGAUCAUCCGGAUUAUAAAUACCAGCCGAGAAGACGGAAGAGUGUGAAAGCGGGUCAGAGCGAGUCGGAUGCUGGGCUGGAUCUCACCCAUCACAUGUAUAAAGCUGAACCUGGAAUGGGGGGUUUGGCAGGUUUAUCCGAUCAUCACUCCAGCCACACUGGCCAGCCCCAUGGACCCCCGACACCCCCGACCACGCCUAAAACCGACCUUCAUCACGGAGGAAAGCAAGAUUUAAAGCAUGAAGGACGACGUUUGCUCGACAGCAAUCGACAGAACAUUGAUUUCAGCAAUGUCGACAUUUCCGAGCUCAGCACGGAUGUCAUCAGCAAUAUGGAGACCUUUGAUGUCCACGAGUUUGACCAGUACUUACCUCUCAGUGGUCAUGCCGGGGCCACGACGACCCCUCUGACCUCAGAGCACAGUCACGGGCAGAGCAGCAGCUCGGGAGGGGCGUACGCUACAUCCUAUGACCAACUGGCGAGCAAUGGUCCUGCCUGGAGUCGCAAAGGAACCGUGACGUCCUCGUCGCCCAGCACUAGCGAAGCAGGUCAGCACAGACCACACAUUAAAACCGAGCAGUUGAGCCCGACUCGUUACAGCGAGCGAUCACCCCCGCACACCGAGUACAGUGCAUAUAGCGGUCAGCCAUGUGUCACCUCGGCCGCCUCGUUCUCCAGUAUGCAGUGCGACUAUACAGACCUUCAGAGCUCCAACUACUACAGCCCAUAUCCCAGCUACCCGUCUGGCCUGUACCAGUACCCGUACUUCCAUUCCUCCCGGCGGCCGUACGGAAGCCCCAUACUGAACAGCUUGUCCAUUCCUCCAUCUCACAGUCCCACCACUAACUGGGAUCAGCCGGUUUACACCACAUUAUCAAGGCCAUGAGGCUGGACCGGAACUGUGUCCAUUACUCUGAUGCACUAAUGAAGGACAGCGUUGGCUGAGAAAGUGUUUGUGCCAACUGUCUAAACACAAAGAAAUGAGUGCCUGUUGAUUUUUAUAUAUUGUGCCACCAUAGAUCAUCCACAAAAUUCUAAGAGCACAUUGAAAAUCUGGGAUUAUUUUUGUCUUUUAAACCAGGAAAUAAACAAAAAGUUUUAGGAUUUUGCCAAAGUUAAAGUUAUUUUUAAUAAAAAUGAAGAUGAAAUAUUUUAGAUUCUGCAUUUUUUUUAUUAAAGCAAAUUUGUAAAGCAAAGAUGCUCUUUGGAAUAUUCUCAAAUCAUGCCGAGAAGUUCUUAUAAAAUAAUUUGUAAUUAAAAUUUAGCAUUGAAUUAGAAAAUAUAAAAAGUAGAAGCAUUUUCAGCGAUGAUCUCAGACUUUUUGGACCCCACUUGUCCAUCUAAUCCUUGACCGUUGGUGCUAAACAAGAUGUAUUAGUGCCUGCACAACCAGUGGAAAUCCUCUGUGAGGAACACCUGUCACUGCAGCCCAUGUCCAGAACCACAUGUGUGCUUUCACUCUUUGUGAUUCCACAGAAUUGUGCUGGAGAGGAAUAAAGAGCAGACGGAGAAACAUACACACACGUAUACUGGGACUGAUGAAAUGCUUUCAGAAUCUGAUGGAAGCAUUUAUGUCAACUGCGAAACCUCUCUGGUUAAAUCAUUUUUAUUUUGUUUUUUGACCCACAUGUCUUUUAAAUGAAAAAUUCCAUGUAUAUUUAUGUUAUGUUUUUGUAAUUUUUUUCUGUUUAUAGUACAAAAGUUUGUUUUAACAGUUAAAAAUGGUGGAGGGAUAAAAUAAUUCCAGUACAGUCAGCUGUAUUGCGCUGACUGAACAAUCAUUGAUUUUAAAGCAUUCCUGAUUCCUGGAAAAAUAUAAAUCACUUUUCCAUUCCUUGUUUUUUUUUUUAACAAAAGCAGAAGCCAACUGAGCGAAAUAAAAUGUUACUUGAAGCAACAGGUGUGUGUGUAUGGCACACUGACAGAAAUAAGAUUAGUCAGGAUGUUGCUGCUCUGCUGUGAGUGACACGUCAGCUGCAAUGCAACCUUUUUCUCAGUGGUCACACUAGUUUAAAUGAAAUUAACUAUUCAUUUGCAGUAAGGUCAUGAAUAAUUGCAGUUUAUAAUCAUUAUCAUCCAUUGCCUUCACAUGCUUAUUGCCAUUUUGAAGAAAAUUAUUUCUACAUUCAUACAGCAUUCAGUUUUUAACACAGCUUCAAAAUGCCUUUUGUCAGACUUGUGUCAUUUCUAGUGUGUUUUACUGUAUAUGAAAUGUUUUGUCUAAAUUUUAGGCUGUGAAACACACAAAAACAAUGUUUUCUGUACAUUUAUGUUAAGAAGUGUUUACAAUAUGCUAACAUUAAAUGCUGGUGAUAUGUGUGGAAAACAAAAAAAAAAUUUUUC